ACAUGUCUUAUUAACAGCAAAUGUCAGGCCUUGAUGGAGGAGAAGGAAACCGACUACUGUAAACUCUGUGAUCCGUCUGUUAGCACUUCAUCGUGGACAAACAGAGACACUGAGAAAUUCAGACAAGAGUUUGCGGCUAUCCAGGUGUCUAAAUCAAAGUCUGAUGACGGAUACAGUAGUGAGCUGGUCACCCUUCUGGCAGCGACCUGUGGUGUCAUCGGAUUCUUCUUACUUGUGACACUCUUCUACAUAUGUAAACAAAAAGAAAGGCUGCAAAAACGGAAAGAGGGAGGUCUGUACAAUGUUUACAAAGAACCUACACAUGAUAUUCCACAAACCUCAAUGAUGAAGGAGAGAGAGAUUGAAUUUCACAAUCCAGCUUAUGCAGAGGAAAAAAGCAAACUGUGAUUGGUGGAAGGCACAAAAAUCUCGUAUUGAACACUAAUAUAUCACUUUUUAUUGUUAACCAGUCCUGCAGGCAGGGAACCGUGACGCUAGUACAUUUCAGUUAUUUAAGAAGGACAUUAU